GUUUAAUCGCUCCUACAAGGGCAACGACUUCAAUUACGGUGGGCAUAUGCCGCACUAAUUACAAACCAACAAAGCAAACCAACUGUUAAGGUAUAAAGUUCAAAUUAAAGCAAUAUAGCGCUGGACACUCCUAUAAUGUGCUCAAGAAUACGUAGCGAAGAACAAGAAUAAUCUUUUGCCGCUGAUUCAAGAGCUUUCCUAAAACCAGAAACAAUUCUUCUACCUACAACAAACCCCCUCUGUAAUGACAUAAACGCCAGGAUCUAAAAGACUCCCCGUUCUAAUGCGUCUUGAUCGGUCACUUUGGUUGCGAUAUAGUAUUCUGUCAACCCCCUAAAGCCGUAUAUUUACUGGGCCGGGGAGUUCUAAUGCCUAUCGUGCCUACUUCAAACUGCCCUAGAAUUUUCACAUUGCCCAUCACAUUGCCCAUUACAUCACUCAGAACGGCAGUUACAACAGAGCAGCUGCCUCAUCCAACUUCCCUUCUCUCCCUCUCUCUUCCUUCACAUCACAGCAAUAUAACAACACCAUCGGCCUCCAUUCUCCCAGAGCUUGCAAGAACACCCGAAAUAAACCGAAGCCGACGUCUUCUUUCUCCAUUAACGGUUCUUGCUCCCCCAGACAAAGACACAGCCCUACUCCAUAUGACCCAAGGAUUUACGACUUUAUCCGAGUCGUUGUUCCCCAUGGCUCAGACAUCACGACUUCAAUGGAAGUCUCAUUCAUCAUUGCGCAUUAAGGUACUGUACAAACCCCUUUCCAAACGGACUUCGCCUCUGCGGAGGUACACGACAUAUACGCACUGGGCAAGAUCCAUCCCUUUGCGGUCCCAAAAAGUCCAAAAUCAAAUCCCCACGACUAUUCCGAGCACUGUUGAAGCAAGUGCCGAAGCAGACCUUGACGCCGGCAUGCUGGGGUACAAAUCAACAGGUAUAAGACGUCAGCUUAGGUUGACGCAGUUUUCUAGGAAUUCUCAAGCCACAACCCACCCCCUCAGAGCUCAGUAUAUCAUCACAGCUCUUUGGAAGCUUCCACGGUCCAAGAACCCAUUAUCGACUCAUAAGACCUCAAGACAAGCGCUCUCCAAAGCAAUUUCAGAAGCAGGUUCAAAAGUCUAAGCACAUCCGACAUAAUCGAAAGCAUACAUCCAGUCAGCAUCCGUUAACGUUGACAAGCACACUCAAGAACGUUCGAGUUCACUCGAACAUCUAUAUCACUUGGCAUUCUUCAGCAUUCUGCUGUAGCCUGGACAACAUUCAAAUACACAAAAACGUCCGCUCCAUGAUCAUCUGCGACUAGGAGCGAUGCCAUAUAAAUUCAACGCAAAGAACAGCAAGAUUACGGCGACCA